AUGCAGACCUUCACUGCUCGUUCAGCUGAGUUGAAUCGCGUCAACUCUCAUGUCUUCGUGUCACCUGCCGACAUCAUAGCUAAUGGACCCGACCCGUCCUCUCCUUCGUGCGUAAGCUGCCAAUACAAGGCUGUUCCGUUAGCUGAUGUUCGGACGAACAGUGUUAUAAUAGUUUUUGGGUGGUUCAAUGCACGACUCUCACACGAACAGAAAUAUGUAGAUGGCUUCAAAAGCAUCUAUCCAACUUCCACACUCGUGCUCGUGAAAGCGGACAGCUCGUGGCUCUGGACCUCGCAAGCAGGUCGGGAGGCCCUCCUUGAACCAGCGGCGGACCUUGUGGAUAGGAUUAGACUUGAUGAGGGGAGGCAAUGGCGUGGUGUCCUUUUGCACGCAAUGUCCAAUGGCGGCGGGAUGCAACUUCUCGUCUUCUCUAAACUUCUUGCCAAGCGACCAAAGACGCCAUCAGGCCUUGGCGGCCUGAAUCCCGCUGCGCUUGUGCUUGACUCAGUGCCAGACAGUAAUGGGCUUCGGUGCAUGGUCGUCGUCUUCACUCAGGCAGUACGCAGCCCCGUCAAGCGCGUGCUCGCCGUGCCUAUCCUCGCGCUCCUGUAUUCGCUCUUCGCCAUCUCGUAUGGUCUCUCGCCGGUACUCGUUGACUUGCGCCGACGGCUCAAUUCGCCUGAUCUCGUCCCGCUCGCGAAACGGAUCGGCGAAGAACGCAAGGGGCGCGGUUCGACGACCCCUGGCCAGGGUGACGUCCCACGACUCUACUUCGCGAGCAAGGCGGAUACUAUGACGCGCUUCAAUCAGGUGAAGGCACAUAUGGACGAAGCGCGACGUCUCGGCUUUGACGUGCGCGCGGAGAUAUCUGAAAACAUCCCACAUGUGUCACACGCAAAAGUCGAUCCUGAGGGGUACUGGGGUGCAAUCAAAGCUCUCUGGAGAGACACGCGUAGUGCGUUGCCAACAGCGAAGCUCUAA